AUGGGUGGAAGUGGCAUGGGCGGCAUGGGAGGCGAUGGCAUUGGCGGCAUGGGAGGCAGUGGCAUGGGAGGCGGUGGCAUUGGAGGCAUGGGAGGCGGUGGCAUUGGUGUUUUCGGAGCUAGCAUGGGCGGCAUGGGUGGCAUGGGUGGCUUCGGAGCUACCGUGGAGGCCAUGGGAGGCAUGGGUGGCUUCGGAGCUACCAUGGGAGGCAUGAGCUUUGCGUCUCUCAUGGGAGGCAUGGGAGCACCUCCGGGCGGCAUGGGCGGAAUGCCUUCCGGUGUGCCUCAUCACACACCUUCCGUUGACGAUCUUGCCAACACCUUCCGAGCUCCCAAUGACGAUGCGGCGCUUCAAAAUGAAGAGGAGGAGGAAGAAUUGUCUUUGGAUGAGGAAGAUGAAUCGGAGGAAGAGGAGGACGAAGACGAGGAUAAGGCAUGA